AUGAGUGCCAACACCACCCUGACAACAACUGAGCGCCAUGAUGAGCCUUCAACGGGCGAGAAGAGUACAUUGAGUAUUCUAACAGCCUCGGGAUUUCAAAGCCUUGCUCAGGGCGGGCCCAUGAAGGGAAUUCCUCAUUUCAACUCCUUCGAAAAAGAGCGUAAGUGGAUGCUUGAGCACAUGGCUGGUGCAUUUCGAGUCUUUGCAAGAAAAGGCUUCACCGAAGGUCUGGCAGGACACAUCUCGCUUCGGGAUCCUGAGUAUAAAGACUGUUUCUGGACUAAUCCGUUGGCGUUACACUUUGGUCUAGUCAAGGUCUCCGACUUGAUCUUGCUCAACCACGAAGGUGUAGCUAUCGGCGGCAACACUUCUCGACCGGCCAAUGCCGCUGGCUUCCAAAUACAUGGCCAUAUCCACCACGCCUACCCGCAUGUGAACGCUGCUUGCCACGCACAUUCUGUCAACGGACGUGCUUGGGCCAGUUUCGGAAAGCGCUUGGACAUGCUCCAUCAGGACGUCUGCAACUUCUACGGGGACGCGCACCAAGUCUAUAAUGACUUCGGGGGAGUUGUUCUGGAUCCCAAAGAAGGUGAAAGACUUGCCUCUGCUAUAGGCCCCCACGGCAAGGCGCUCAUCCUGCAGAAUCAUGGACUUCUGACGGUUGGCAAGACGGUCGAUGAAGCGGCUUACCUGUUCUCACUUCUCGAAAAUUGUUGCGAGAUCCAGCUGAAGGUAGAGGCUGCUGCUGCUAACGGACUCAAGAAGGUGCUUGUCACCACUGAGGCUGCUGAGUGCACUGCUCAGGCAACAGGCAACCCCGUCAUUUCCAGAUUGAAUACCACCCUGCCUCUAACGCUGGGAUCAAUCCUCGUGUCGACGGGAUGGAUAAUGCAUGACGACGAUCAGAUGAAUACGACACGAGUUGGGGAAUGCCAAGGGCCAGAUGUCUUCGAAAUGAUAAGACAGGCCGCCCCUUACGCGGCUGCAUCUCGACAGGCCGGACCGGACCUGCAGUGGCUCUCGGCUUGA